GCGUGAGGUGUACUGCAGUUUUUUUCUCAUAAGGUUGCGAAUUUCACGCGUUGUUGUACGCUAAUGACAAUAUGGCGGAAGGAGAGGAGCCGGAGAAGAAAAGAAGGCGAAUAGAGGAGCUGAAUGAGAAUAUGGUUGUUGAUGGAGGAAGUAUGGAUCAAGGUGACUGGCAGGGACGAUGGGACCACAUCAAAAAGUUUUUGGAGAGAGCUGGACCAUUUACUCAUCCUGAUUUUGAACCUAGCACUGAGUCUCUCCAAUUUUUAUUGGACACAUGCAAAAUUCUGGUAAUCGGAGCCGGUGGACUAGGAUGUGAGCUGCUUAAAGAUCUGGCUUUGUCAGGUUUUCAAAACAUUCAUGUAGUGGACAUGGACACCAUUGAUGUUUCUAAUCUCAACAGACAGUUUCUAUUCAGACCUAAAGAUGUUGGGCGACCAAAGGCAGAGGUUGCAGCAGACUUCAUAAACGGCAGAAUCCCAGGAUGCAACGUGGUCCCACAUUUCAAGAAAAUCCAAGACUUGGAUGAGACGUUUUACAGGCAAUUUCACAUAGUAGUCUGUGGUCUGGAUUCUGUUAUUGCCAGAAGAUGGAUGAAUGGCAUGCUGCUGUCCUUGCUGAUCUUUGAAGAUGGUGUUUUGGACCCCAGCUCCAUCAUUCCUCUGAUAGAUGGUGGUACAGAAGGUUUUAAGGGCAAUGCACGGGUCAUUCUACCGGGAAUGACGGCUUGCAUUGACUGCACACUGGAGCUCUAUCCCCCUCAGAUAAACUUUCCAAUGUGCACUAUUGCCUCCAUGCCACGUUUACCUGAACAUUGUGUUGAGUAUGUCCGCAUGCUGCUAUGGCCCAAAGAGAAGCCUUUUGGAGAUGAUGUAGCACUUGAUGGUGAUGACCCACAGCACAUCCAGUGGGUGUACCAGAAAUCUCUAGAGAGAGCAGCAGAGUUUAACAUCACGGGGGUGACGUACCGACUCACCCAGGGGGUUGUAAAGAGAAUAAUUCCUGCUGUGGCUUCUACAAAUGCUGUUAUUGCUGCUGCUUGCGCUACAGAAGUAUUCAAAAUUGCCACAAGUGCCUAUGUUCCUUUGAACAACUACCUGGUGUUCAAUGAUGUUGAUGGGUUGUACACAUACACCUUUGAAGCUGAGAGAAAGGAGAACUGUUCUGCGUGCAGUCAGGUGCCACAGGACCUGCAGUUUUCACCAUCAGCUAAACUAAAGGAGGUUCUUGAAUACUUAACUGAGAGUGCAUCUCUCCAAAUGAAGUCACCUGCUAUCACUACAACUGUGGAUGGAAAAAACAAAACUCUUUAUUUACAGACUCUAGCAUCUAUUGAAGAGAGAACACGACCAAAUCUAAGCAAAACGCUGAAAGAGCUUGGACUUGUGGAUGGCCAAGAGCUGGCAGUAGCUGAUGUCACCACCCCCCAAACUGUGCUAUUCAAAUUAAACUUCAAAUCAUAGGACAAAGACUUCUAUUAUAUGUACAAUUAGUAGAGGUUAUUGCAGUAGUUUUCAUAACAACAUCCUUUACAAAAGUGUUCUGUUAAUGUCAUGCUGCAGUAUGUCAUACGUGACAUCACAUGAAUAAUUAUGGUUGAUAUUUAGUGUAUUGCUUUUUUGGGCAACCCUGUCCAUUUGUCCGAGGCACCCGAGGUCUCUUGUUUUAUUGUUUUGCACUGCUAUAGUCAUGAAUAAGAGGCAUUUUGUGGAUCUUGUCUUCUUUUUUAACUUCAAGUUGUUUAUGUAUUUAUUAUGUUAUUGUUAUGCAUUCAUUUGCCAGUUCCCUGAUCAGUGUCUUGUAGAAAAAUAAUGGGUAAUGUUUGAAUUAAAAAAAUGUUAUUUUAAACAA